UCGAUUGACGCUUUCUAUAACGGGGCUACGGCGGUGUGAGCUAUUUCAGAGCUACGCGAGCGCCUAUUCCCUUGUUUUAGCAGGGUUCUUUCGUAGCCAGAUCGCACAGCUGGAGAGACACAACAGAUUUUGGAGUGGAAUCACUGUUGGUGCCGAAAAGAAAUCCAACUCUCAACUAGAAAGGGUCGAACGAAACGAAAAGAAACAGAUCAACCCAGCGACACAAGAUGGCACAGAGCAAGCUGAACGAUUUGGCUGGCAAAUUCGGCAAGGGUGGUCCGCCCGGUCUGACCACGGGGCUGAAGGUGCUGGCCGCCGUCGGGGCAGCUGCAUACGGCAUCAAGAACUCGAUGUACACGGUCGAAGGUGGCCAUCGUGCGAUCAUCUUCAACCGUAUCGGCGGUGUCGGUGACGAUGUGUUCUCGGAAGGAUUGCACUUCCGCGUGCCCUGGUUCCAGUAUCCGAUCAUUUACGACAUCCGCUCCCGGCCGCGCAAAAUCUCCUCCCCGACCGGUUCGAAGGAUUUGCAGAUGGUGAACAUUUCGCUCCGGGUGCUGUCCCGCCCGGACGCCCGCAAGCUCCCGGUAAUGUACCGCCAGCUGGGCCAAGACUACGACGAGAAGGUGUUGCCCUCGAUCUGUAACGAGGUGCUGAAGAGUGUGGUGGCCAAGUUCAACGCUUCCCAGCUGAUCACGCAGCGCCAGCAGGUGUCGCUGCUGAUUCGCCGUGAGCUGGUGGAGCGGGCGGCCGAUUUUAACAUCAUCCUGGACGAUGUGUCACUGACGGAGCUGAGCUUCGGGCGGGAGUACACGGCGGCGGUCGAAAGCAAACAGGUGGCGCAGCAGGAAGCACAGCAGGCCGCCUUCCUGGUGGAGCGGGCCAAGCAGGAACGUCAGCAGAAGAUCGUACAGGCGGAGGGUGAAGCGGAGGCGGCGAAAAUGUUGGGUAUUGCCGUGGCCGAAAAUCCCGGCUACCUGAAGCUGCGCAAGAUCCGUGCCGCGCAGAACAUUGCCAGGACGAUCGCAAACUCACAGAACCGAGUGUACCUCUCUGCCAACAGCCUGAUGCUGAACAUUCAGGACGAUACGUUCGACGACAUGUCGAAGAAAGUUUCAACACGUCAGCCGGGUAGUAAUGGAUGGUUUAACUCUUCGGCAGCACCAGCAACAACGUCGUCGCCAGCCACAGGACAGGUGAAAACGAAUUCAACUCGUAGAGCCGGUGAAGCUCAAACCGAAGACAACAAACAGUACGAUGAGAGUUUGAUAAAGAUCAUUGCCGAGGAAACGGUCGAUCGGUUGAAGGGUAAUGUGUUGUAGAGUGGAGCAGAACAAAAGGAGGAAAGAAUUUCUUUCACAUUAGAAGAGAGUCCAAAUGCAUUUUUCAACAACCAAACACACACAGACAGAAUUGUUUCGUUGUAUAAGUCUAAACGGUUUAUGAUUGUUGCUUAAUGUUUGUAUUUUGUUGUCCAUAUUUAGCAAUGGUAAUGUCGGUAGAUUGUUCCUUACGGUUCACACAUACUGCUUAGUGACGAAUUCAAUGUUUUAAAUUAGAAUACUUCAGAACUAUCAGCUCAGAUACUGCCGAAAUAAACGAUGGUACAAACACAUGUUUGGUGAGCAAACAUAAACGGAUACUACUUGUUUUCCCUUAUAUAUUUUUGGUUCGCUGUAGCCGUUUUCUACUAAUUUACGGUACGCUAUGUGUUAAUUGAUUGUAAGAAAACUAUCCCUGAAAUGAUGCCUACCUUUUCUGCCACCGAACACAAUUCACAAUCAGUCCAAUUCUCACGUGAUAUUUCACCCUUCCGCUCGCUCGUCGCUGUAUGUUUGAUAAGAUGUUCCUACUUUGUUUUGAGAUGAUAAUCGGAAUAUUGUUUAAACACGAUACACGAUACAAGUUUCUAAAUAUCUACGUCCAGUUAUUGAGAGGUUUGAAAAUGGCAGUGGUUGAUUUGUUGAACGCUGCCCGGUGGCAGGCCGAUUCCUGAAUUACUACUUAAGAUCGUCUGUUUUAAGACGUGAUGCACUAUUACCAUACUGUCCUGUUGCUAGCUCUAACGGAUAAUGGCUUUGAGUUACGUUAAUAUUUAGCUAUUGAUUGCGUGUUAGCUCGCUGACGCGGAAGCUUCCUCUAAAGAUACAUACCACAUGCCAUUAGAAUUUAGUUUGGUUUUCUAAUACGGUGUCGUGUUCGUUUCUGUCUUCGUUUUAUUCGUUGCUAUUGUGUCAAAAAUUGUGUAUCGAUCGAUUUUUUUUUCUUCUGUUGGACCUCAUUGAUUUAAACUACAUCAACUACAUACGACUCUACGGCUAGUGUAAUACAGUGGAGGAAAUUCCAUUAAGUGUACGCUCCGUUCUGAGCAGAUUUGCAUAUCCAUUAUUUCGUGCUAUUAUUUUUUUAAACAUGAAAUCAAAAUCCAAAGAUAUCAAGAUAUAAAAUUAAAUGAAAAAUAGGCAAAAAUCAUUAUAGUUCGAAGCGUACCAUGAUUUUACAAAUUUAUAUUUGAUCUUAUAUUUAAUUGAUGUAAAGGGUUUGGAUGAUUUGUUUAACUGUUUUUUCAAUCUUUUUUUGAAUCUCACGAUUUAUCUGCUCUGCUACCCAACCAUUUGAUUCAUAAAAUGUUGAAACGAUGUUAACAAAUAGUGAGCCAUAUUUAAGUGAAAUACAGACAUUCGAGAAUCAUAAAACAACAAACAAAAAAUAGGAAAGCAGUGGGACUGAUCAAAAAACAAUUUGGAAACAUGAAUAAAUUAAUCACCAAAAUGGACAAUUCCAAAAACGUGCAUUUUCUUUUUAAAUCUUAAAGUAACGUUUCUAAUAAAAGUUUAUUUGUUUAUUUGUUAAUGAAACAAAUUAUAAUAGUUUAAAUCAGAAGAGCUUUUAAUAAAUCAUUGUUUAAUUUAAUUUAAAAAGGUUUAAUUGCGUGCUACGGAGUCCAAAACCUCUAUAACUAUAAAAAAUAAAAUAAAUCUAAUUUUUCACUUUAUUUUGCUUUAAAAUAUCUAGUUAGAAAAAAUAUGAUUUGCUCAACAAUCAAACUACACUUGCAGGAAUUUCCUCCACUGUAUUUUGUCAUCACUAAAGCUACAACGACAGCAAUAGAACAGCACUAAAAAAAACAA